GGGGAUUGCUCGAAGAUAGACUUCACGUGUCUAUUGGCGUGUCAGGUUGUUCAAUUGUAAUUCAGUGUACCAGCCUAGAAUGUUUUGAGUUUUCACAUUUUCAUACCGACGCCAGUCAGUUCCUAUUAGAGAACGAUACGAGAAAGGUGGUUUCCCCCCCUUCAGUUAACAACCUGCCCGCAUUUCCCGAUGAAAAUGAUCCAUUUUCCGACGCUUUCCAACCAAGAAGGUUCCUUUCGGACGUCCGGAAAAUAGAAGGAAAUGUGAUUGCGCCAAAACAAGUGCAUUUCGUAGUGCGUUUGUAGUGAUAUUUUCCGAUCGUUUUCCCGGUGCAACAGUGUUUUCCACGCUUAAUAACUUUGUGAUUUUCCACGAUGAAUAAUCUGCAGAGGUCUUACUGGGGCAGUAAUACAAAUUUGCACGUUAACUAUGAAGGGAAUCACCUAUUAGACGAAAAUAGUCAGCACAAAGAAGAACGAAGCAUAUUUCCUUGCUGCGAUUCGAAUUUGAAUUUUUCGACUGCCAACUGUAGCGAAGACGAUUUAGAGUACGGGAAUUUCAAGAGAAAUAAGAAUACAAGGCAAGAUCCAAUGUCUCACAGAAUAAUCGAAAAAAGAAGGAGGGACCGCAUGAACAACUGCCUCGCAGAUCUCUCCCGGCUGAUCCCGACCGAAUAUUUGAAAAAAGGCAGGGGUAGAAUAGAAAAAACUGAAAUAAUCGAGAUGGCCAUCAAGCACAUGAAGUUCUUGCAGCAGGACUCCGACCCCAGUGAACAGUUCAGGUUAGGCUACCAAGAAUGCAUGUCAGAAACCAUGAGGUUCAUGGUAGAAGUAGAAGGUCAUUUCUCCAAUGAAGCCAUAUGCGUUCGCCUUCUCACACAUCUACAGAAACAUUGCGCAAACCUACCCCAUCGAUCCAGCCAUGCACCACAAAAUAUGCCAGUUACCGACAGACUUAUGGGAUCAGGACCACCAAUGGUAGACAGAAGUCCGAUACAAGUACCUGAAUUUCAAACGAUGAAAGUCGAAAUCGAACAGAACAAUAACAACACUAAAGAUAACAAUACAUUUAAUAAUAACAACACCUAUUCGACCAGAACAAACCACGAAGAGAAUGAAAAUGGUCAUGGAGAAAACGGGAGGAUAUCAUACAAAUACAAGACUAACAUAAAAUUGCGGUUCAAUCAGGAUUUGAAUGGGGAAAGUAAUCCUAAAAGGCCUAAACUGGAUGACGACAGGAGGAGUUCUCUCAACAGCAUAGAAAAUAGAAGUAUGUCGCACAGUUCCCCGCCAGCAAGUGAAACAUGUACAAGAACAUCAGACGCUGAAAAUACAAACAGGACCUCUCCCUCAGACAGUACCUUAUCCUCGAAUAACCAUUUGAAACUCGAGUCGGCAUCCAGCAAUGAAACCACCAACCCUUGCUCUCCCCAUGAUCCAUCUCUGCAUAGUCUGAACGUGAAGAACUUCAAAGUACCGAUUUUCAUGUUGCACACCAAAGGAUCCUUCUACGUACCCCUGACAGUGGACUACAAGGCCCUUAUGCCAUAUUUCCCCAGCUACGAGAUUUCAGAUGAAGUUAUACUACACCCUGUAACGAUAAACGUAAACUUUCAACCAGCUUUCAACAACUCCUUGGACGGCCCCAAAUACAAAUGCGAUUAUCCAAGAACAACUUGGCAUUGACUUUAGUUCGUUUCAUAAAAGCACCAAGAUCUGUUUCUCAGGGAUGCAUAAACUUAAGAGAAAGGGGAUAUUUAUUCUGUCUCUCUUGCCAUUCUCUGUUUACAAGACAUACAAAAAUAUCGAUAUUUUUACUUCCUCAAGAAGACUAUUGAAUGUGUUGUGUUGUACCUAACACAAAUACAAGAUGAAUUUGAUAAACACAAAAUAUUUUAUCAAAGAGACAAAAUUGUUAUAAAUUUUUGUAGAGAAAAUGAUGAUUUUUUGUGAAAAAUAUAUAUUAAUAGUUUUUCUGAGAUGUAAUUGAGAUGACUGAUUAGAGGGAACAUAUGACAGUGAAAUUGUUGCCUUGAUAAUAUCACAGUCGUUUAUUUAGAAGCAUAAUACUUCAAUUGGUUCAAAGUGAGCUCUCAGAGAAAAAAGCAGUAAAAACAAAUAUUUGUAAAAUCAUUUAACGUGUGGGCAUUGCCAGAUUUAUGUUCCCCAUGGCUUCUAUGAAAAACUGCUGUGGUAAUACUAACAACAUGAUUAUAAAUAUUGAAGAACUAUUACUUCUUUUGUUUCAUAUGAAUAAAUUGAAAAGUAGUGAGUGUGAGAAUGUAAGAAUCGUUUUAUAAUGCAUUUUUCACAGAUGCUGUUUUAUAGAUAUUCAAAAGAAUGCGAAUUUUCGAAGCAGGCUGUGAAAUCAGGGGAAUGUAACGUUAUAAGACUGAAUUGUCUAUUAAUAUUCGUUAUAGGUGUGGUAUCUAUAAACUUCAUAUUUUCUAUUUGACUUUUUUUUUAACCGAUGAAUUUCUCCUAUUCUUAUAGUUGUUGUUUUUGAGAAGGUUUUAUCGAAAUAUUUCUCUAUCAAAAAUUGUUACAAUUAGAUAUGUUGUGAACAAAUGCUGACAUCUGCAGUAUGUUAAUAUAAGAUGUGUCGUUUUGAUUGCAGUACAUCAAAAUGUAUGACUAGGUUCUGGUAAACUGUUGUGUUUUUAACAUGUUCGCCUGUAAAAUUUUUUUAGUACAAAAUUGAUAAAGCAUGACAUAUCAUUGAACUCAACAGUACCCCAGAUAAGCUUCAUCAAACUGCAAACAAAAUUUCAAUAAUUAUAGCAUAUCUGUGCACAGGGCAAUGAACGUGUUAAAAUUGAUGUAUAAAUUUGUUGUAAACUUGUUAUUAUCAUGAGAAAAAAUAUAUGAGUUGACUUGA